AUGUCGACACGGAGGAUACGGAGCCCGUUGUGGAUUUAUAUAGUCGUUGUUCUUUUGGAUUGCUGCUGGGAAUCGGUGUGGGGCCAGCUCUCUUACUCUGUAUCAGAGGAGGUAAACCCGGGGACUUCAGUGGGAAAUCUUGCCAAAGAUCUGAACCUUAAUGUCCACGAGUUGGAGGCACGUAUGUUUCAGAUUGUAAGCGGAUCAAAAAGAAAAUAUUUCGAUGUGAAUCUAAAAACAGGCGUCCUUUAUGUAAAUGAAAGAAUAGACCGCGAGGAGCUUUGUGCGAAGGCUAAAAAAUGUACUGUCAACGUAGAGGCCGUGAUCAACAACCCGCUCAGGCUUUAUCGUUUGGAGGUAAAUAUAGUCGAUAUAAAUGAUAAUGCGCCAUAUUUUCCCGAGAAUCUGCAGUCUCUUAACAUUGCUGAAAGUACUGUGCCGGGAGGGAAAUUUGGAUUUGUCGGGGCUUCUGAUCUCGAUGUUGGUAAGAAUAGUGUGAGUACAUACAAGCUAAAUCCAAAUGAU